GCUGGACUCCAGCAACAAAUUCCUGGACACUGCCAGCAUUCACCUUCAUGUCCCUGAGGGCGCCACGCCGAAGGAUGGCCCCUCGGCAGGGGUGACGAUGACUAGUGCCCUCGUCAGCACCGCCUUCGAUGUGCCGCUUUUGGAUGACAUCGCCAUGACAGGCGAGCUGACGUUGAUGGGCAAGGUUCUCAAAGUCGGUGGCAUCAAGGAGAAGGUGAUCGCAGCACGCCGUGAAGGGGUGAAGACUCUGCUCCUCCCACGGCAGAAUGAGGCUGACUUCAUGGAGCUCAAAGAGUACCUCCGUGCCGGCAUGACAGCCCAUUUCGUCGACCACUACGACGAUGUGUACAAGCUGGCUUUCGACCAGACCAAGGUGCCCCCUUUGUCGGCACCUUCGAGGGGCCUGCCUGUGAUCACG